UCUGUUGUCUAUGUGUUGUCGGAGGCUUUCAUGGCCUAAAUCACUGCGUUGCUGUGAGUUUUCCGCGCGGUAUGGCCAUGCUCCAGAAACAUUCUCUCCUGACGUUUAGCCCACAUCUAUGGCAGGCAUCCUCAGAGGUUGGAAACUAUGCUACGGGGUUUAUAUAUCUGGAAUGUCUUGGGUGGGGGAAAGAACACUUGUCUGCUUGAGGAAAGUGUGAAUGUUGCAGUUGAUCAUCUUUAUUGGCAUUGGAGCUUCAAAGCCUGGCUACUUCCUGCCUGGGGAUCCUUUGUUGAAAGGUGUUAGCUGGUCCUGAUUGAAUCAUGCCUGGAGUUCCCCUGUCUUCUGAGUUGUUCUUUUUUUGUUCUUUAUUUACUCUUUUGGGUUGUUUUUUAAGUGGCACCACAACCAGGGAAGCACUUCACAGUUUGAGGAAAGUUUUGCCUCAGUCUAUAAUGCAGUAUAAUGCAGUAUUUCUGUGUAGUGCAUCAUUUCGUGAUACUUACAGAUUUAUACAAUACUGAGCCUGUGCGUAUCAGGCACAUGUGUGGUGUUCCAAACAAACUUAAACAAUCCUGACGAAGUGUUAGCAUCUCAAACCUGCUUUUUAUCUUUUCUGCUCACUUCUUGGUAAACUUGCUUCUUAGUGAGUAUGUGAUGAAGGAAUGAUCAUUCUGAGACUGUGAACACUGUAAAAAUUCUGUCUUCUUCUGUGGCACUUUUCCUCCACAGAAAUGCCAUUGUUUGUGAAAGACAGUUUGCAGAAGCGUAAUUCACAUUAUCUUAUGUGAUUCCUAUCAAAAUGUUCAUGCACUACAUAUCCUAUAAAGGUUUUAGCAGUGCUGAAGAUUCAUAUCAUGUGGAUGAAGGUCUUAAUUAUAGACCACCUAUUCGGCAAACUGAAGGACUCCCUGCAUGGAUCAAGAUUUCAAGAUGGUAACUCCCUUGUGGCAGCUGCUAAACAGUGGCUCAAGUAUGCAGGCCCUAGUUCCAAGGUGGCAUAAAGCUGUUGAAAAGGAUGGGGAGUAUGUGGAAAAGUGGUACAGUAGAGUCUUGCUUAUCCAAUAUAAAUGGGCCGGCAGAACGUCAGAUGAGCGAAAAUGUUGGACAAUAAAGAGGGAUUAAGGAAAAGCCUAUUCAAUGUUAAAUUAUGUUAUGAUUUUACAAAUUAAGCACCAAAAUAUCAUGUUUUACAACAAACCUGCCACUUGUUUGGGAGUGUGGCUGCACUUGUGUUGUUGGGAGUGUUGGUCCACUGUGCGUAGCUGCCUAGAGUAACAGUUGUGGAUCCAGGUGGGAGGCAGACUGCGUUGGAUAAUACAGAACGUUGAAUGAGCGAAGAUUGGAUAAGCGAGAGACUACUGUAUUUUGUUCCUAAAGAUAACAAACCAUGGCAUCAGAUUGUGGCUGGUUAACAAAAUGUGGCUUCUCUUUACAGGGUGCUUUACACAUCACAAAAAUCAAGAUUUCAACAAACCAGAGCUUGUGAUUCCUUGCAACAUCCCAUGUGUCUUUAAAGACUGCUUGAUUCUAGCAAAGUAGCUUUUUGUCAUGCUAGAGAACUGCAGUGGGAUACUGGGUGGGUGGGUGAGGUAAAUCGGCGGACACUGUUCCUAGGUGUUGACUUUUUGAACCAAUAUGCAGUGGGUUUACUGUAUCCAUUGGGGUUUGGUUCUGGGACCUUGCAUAGAUAAUGAGAAACAGGUUGUUACUCCCCAUCUUUGUUACUUUGGCUUUGCUGGAUUUACAUUUUAUAUUUUCAUUACUCUUAAUCCUAAAUUUUGUCUCCUUAAUGUUUAGGUGUGAAAAUGUAAUUCUCUUAUGUCAUUGUGUAAUUUGUGAUAGUGUCUUUAUUAUCACUUUGAUGUGGCUGGAUUUUUUUUUUAAUUUGGGGGGUUUUGGUUGUUUCGGUUUUGUUAGCUCCUUAAGGUAUUGAAUAUUUGCCCAUGCUUGUUAUGAACUGCCCUGCGUCUCCACGGGGAGAUAGGGUGGGAUACAAAUAAAGUAUAAUAAUAAUAAUAAUAAUAAUAAUAAUAAUAAUAAUAAUAAUAAUAAUAAUAAUAUCUUAUUUAAUGGCGGCAGAAUGAACACACACACACACCAGUGUCUCCACACUCACAUCACUGCCAUUUAAUAAUACAUUUAAAAAUGAAUUUGUGGAGUAGGCAGAUGCAGGGGGUUCACUGUAAAUAAAACAGCCAUUGUUUAAAAUUUUAAAUCACGUGAGUUUUUUGCUGAAAAGUGAUCCAGAAAUGUAGCAAAGAUGGUUUUUAAAGUUUUUAAAAAAACAAAACAUUUGAAGGCAAAAUACUUGAAAAUUACAUAUCAAAGAAAAAAAGUUGUCAAGCAUGAGUACUUUCUUGUUAAUGCAUUAUCAAAGGACCAUAUUAGAGCAAAUAUAUUUGAAAACAUUUAUUUUCACAAAUUGAGAUUCUGCAGAAACUUCAAACAUUUUAAAGAAUUCAAGCUGUUCAUAUUAAAAAAGAUGUCUAUAAUUUCUAAAAUUAUUUAUUGAAUUGAAAUGGCAAUCUAAUUAUAUGACAUUUUGUAACAGUAUAUAAUAAUCUGAAUGUUAGGUUGGUCUUUGUUCAAGGUAUGUUCAUACAUGUUAUAAAACCGGUACUAAAAUUUUGCUGUGGAAGGUACUUUUGACAUCCUCCCAGUUUGGUAACUGUGAACAAUUUAUGAGUUUUUCUUGGCAAAAUUUGUUCAGAGGGGGUUAUUGUGCAUUUCCUCACAACCUCUGAGGAUGCCUGCCAUAGAUGUGGGUGAAACGUCAGGAGAGAAUGCUUCUGGAACAUGGCCAUACAGCCCGGAAAACACACAACAACCCUGUGAUUCUGGCCAUGAAAGCCUUCAACAACACAUUGUUCAGCGGGGGUUUACCUUUGCCUUCUUCUGAGACUGAGAGAGUGCGACAUGUCCAAGGUUCAUUCAAAAAUGCAUCACUUCGAAGAGGAGUUAACAUGUUCCAUUUGCUAUAGUAUAUUUGAUGACCCCCGUGUACUGCCAUGCUCUCAUACAUUUUGUCGAAAUUGUUUGGAAAGUGUUCUUCAGCUGUCAAGCACUUUUUCCAUAUGGAGACCCUUAAGGCUUCCACUGAAGUGUCCUAACUGUAGAAGCAUUGUUGAAAUUCCUCCAUCGGGUACAGACUCUUUGCCUGUGAAUUAUGCAUUAAAAGCCAUAAUUGAAAAAUAUCAGCGGGAGGACCAUCCAGAUGUUGCUACGUGUAAUGAGCAUUAUAGGCAGCCAUUAAAUGUUUACUGUCUUCUAGACAGAAAAUUAGUGUGUGGCCAAUGUCUUACAAUAGGAAAUCAUCAUGGCCAUCCUAUUGAUGAUCUUCAAAGUGCCUACAUGAAAGAAAAAGACACACCCAGCAAGCUGCUUGAUCAGCUGACUGAUAAGCACUGGAGUGAAAUAUGUUUGCGCAUUGAAAAUCUAGAGGAACAGAAAGCUCAAUGUGAGAGCAUUGUUCAACAGGAUAAAAAAACCGUGUUGCAGUAUUUUAAAAGGCUUAGCGAUUCGCUUGAACAUAAAAAACAAGCUUUGCUUGCAGCUUUGGAUGAAGUAAACAUGCAGAUAAUGGCGGAAUACGAACCUCGCAUUGAAAAGAUGAAAGCAAUACGAGAAGAACAAUUAGAGCUUAUGUCACUCAAUAACAUUAUUCAGAAUGAAGAGUCUCCCCUUUUGUUUCUGGAAAAGGUUGAGGAUAUACGUCAGCGUGUUAAAGCAUUAAAGAAAAAACCUUUAUUAGAUAUUUCCUCUGUUGAAAUCUAUCCACGAAUAGAACAAGUGUUGGAAGAUGUGUGGAGCAAAAGUGAAAUUAGUCUGGUAAACAACAUUCUCACUCCCAAAAUAAAGCUUAUUUCAAAAGAAAAAGCUCGUAACACUGGCCAUGGAAAGAAAAAUAGACAAUCUAAAGAAUGUUUGUGGCCCUUAGAACUUUGGGGACUUAUACUGAUUUUUUUGGUACUGGCUAUUGUUUUCUAUGGACAACAUUUAUUGUCGUUUAUAAAUAAAGUGACCUUUCCAUACGUUCUCAGUGCCUUUCAAACAGUUUAUCAAGAUACAAGUAAGAGGUUGCAGGUAGCAGUGGAAACUUUGUGUCACACUUCUAACCUUUUUCUUGAAUAUCUAUAUAGUGUGCCCUCUCCCAUGUGAAUACUGCUGUGUUAAGCAUGAGACCUUAUGGAAUGUUAAAUGGAUUUUUAGCCUUAAUAUAAUAUAAUAUAAUAUAAUGGCAGCUGGUUCAAACUGAUGUUUUCAGAAAGAUAGGGCUAUUAUAAUUUCAGCAUAAUAAGGAAAAUAAGGAAAAAUGAGAAAGAUGCAAAUUGUGAUCCAUUAAACCAAGGUAAUAAAUUGCAUCUUUCAGUUCCUCUAACAUAUCCAACUCCUAGGUCUGAAGAAAUGGUCUGACAGCAAUACACUAAAAUUAAUGCUAAAACACAGCAGUCACAUAGGUGUUGCUGGCUUCUUAUGUUCCCACCUUUUCAAAUCUUUUCGUUUAUGCUCAAUCCGAAAUUACCCUAGCAUGGCAAAUGGAUAUUGCAUAUAAGCAUCAGUGUUUAGUAUCAAGAUUAAUUUUGGUUAAAAAAGGAAACCAUCUUAAUUGCAUUUCUAACCCAGAAUCUGUGCACAGGCUACCUCUUGCAAAUAUGUCUACAAACAGAUAAGAGCAAAGAGAGCAAGCUAUGACCCUCCAGACAGUUAGAAUGAAACCAUUGUUCACUAGACACUAAGCUAUGGAUUGAUGAAUUGUAGUCUGACAAUAUCUGGAAGGUAGCCAUUUGCCCACAACUAGAGUUAAGGGCAUUUAGGCCAAUGGAGAGGCAGGCCAGAUUGUGACUUGUCAUGAUAUCCACAGCUGUUCCAUCUUGUGCUGCGUCCCCUCUGUCUUUUAAAUUCUUUCAUAUUUUUAUGAACACAUUUUCUUCCUACAAAAAACAGAAAUAGUAACAUAGUUGCAAAUGGAUCUAAGCGCCUUUAAUAGUUUAGGAAAAUUCUUUUGCUUAUUGGUAUUUUAAUAUCAAACAUCAAAUAUUCAAAAUGCAUUUUUUCAGAACAAAGCUUUUACUCUUCAUUAGUAUGAAAAAUAUCAGUCAAUUCAGAGCAAAACACAUAGGGAAUGCUUUUGACUGUAACUCCCUGAAGUACAUAUUCAAAAUGCUUAUGCUUUAUCCCUUAAACUGGUUUUAUCAUACCUCUAAGAUUUUAGUGGACCACUUUUUUUCAAGGGCUGAUUUACAAAAUUCACUGUAGGUACUGAUAUAAAUGCUUGCUAUUUAUUAGAAAUGUAGAAAAGGUUUUCAUUAUAAAUUCCACUAUCAACUAACUUUUACUUAGUUGGAGGAUGGUCUCUUGAGCUUCAUGAAUUACACAAUUUAGUGCAAAUCCCCUGGGGCUUCUUGUUUUAUUGCUCAGUAAGGGUUUAAACCUGUCACUUUUAACGAUACAACCAGAAUACUUUAGCUUAUAGAUAUACUAGAGUUGUGCCCUGGCUUUUGUACAUGCAAUUCACUGACUUUCCCCUCUAGUAUAUAUGCCAGUAAAACUUUUACAAAUAAUUGCCAAGAAGUGCUAUGGCAGCUAACAAGUGUAUGUGUUAGCACAAAAAGCAAGGAGAACCGUGAUGUUUGAUGCAAAGUUUUGCAUCUAAUUAUAGAUCUGACAGUGAAAUAAAUGUAUCUGUAACCUUUGAAAAAACCUUUAGUUGGUCUUGUAAAUAACAGGCCUGGUGGUGGUGAAUUCAGCAGAGUUCAAUCUGGCAGUGAUUGCUAAGAACAAGAAGGUUCUAUGGCAUUUGGAUUUGCUAUGCCAGUGCUUAUGUAAAAACUGUCCUAUAUAAGCUAUAGGGUAUCUUUUCUCUAAUGUAUUCUUUAUGCUUUCUAAAUUUAAUACUUGUAAUAAGUUAUUUUUCCAGAUUUUAAGAAUACUGAAUUUGUAUUUUCCCAUGUACUGUUUUAACUUUAUGAAACUAUUUGUAAAACUGUUUUAAAAAUAUUUUAAAUAAAAGCCAAAAAAGCUUCUA